CGUAUUCGCGGGCCGCGGGGUCGCCGCCGGCCGCCCAGGCGCGGAGCCUCUCGGGGGUCAUCCGGCCGCCGGGCCCGCGGGACGCACGGGGCCGCCAGGGGAGGACAACAAGCCUCAGGCCCUGUCCCUGCGCCCCGCCCGGCCUCCUCCGGGGCUGCGCAGCCCACUCGGCCAUCCUGGCCUGAAGGGGCCGCCCCAGGCCUCGCGGGAAAGCCUGAGCCUCCCGGGCCUUCUCGGACUUUCCCCCAGGCGUCCUGGACCUUCUUGGGCCUUCCUGGGCCUCCUCGGGCUUCCUUGACCCUCCCCGGGCCUUCCCCGAGGCCUCCAGGCCCUUCCCUGGGCCUCUCCAGGCUGAGCUCUCUGCGAGAUGGCCACUAGGCCUCUGGGACCCGGGGCCUGGCCCACCCGCCUCCACUCCCACCGCCUGCUCACAUCAAGCCAGCAGCACCGCCCGGAUGAACACGCAGGGUUCCGGACCAAUACCUGGGCCAUUGUGACUCUCAGAAUGCCAGGCAAUAAGAGAUCAGAAAGCUGGUUCCACUUCAUCUUGGAGAUGGAGGAAAGCUUGCCAGAACAACUGCACACCCCAUCCACUCCUCAUGUUCUCAGUUUGUUCUUCUCUGUGAUACAACCAGCAUCAUGAGAACAGCCAGCAGCAGCUCCAGCGUGGUGAAAUUUUCACUCCUUGACAAGUGUAAGAAGCCGAAAAACUAUGCCCAGCCAGAAGUUUUGUGUCACACCUUUGAGAUGCUGUCUAACCUCCACAAGCUGCUUCCGAAUCACCUGAUGGAGACGCUUUAUUCCCACAAGAGCGAAGAGGACAAGAAAAAAUGUGAGAAUCCUGAACUCUCUGGCUUAGAAAGAAUCUUAGCAAGACAUCAGUUGCCAAAAGAGAUUAAUCUGACCCCAAAGCCGAACAGAAUGCCCCCAUGGAAAAGAAAAAUCAUCAACAAUGUAACUGACGGGUGGAAGAAAUGUCACUUGUUGAAGAGAAACACGAAAGAGCCUCCAAUGUCCACCAUAGUUGUCAGAAAACUUAUUAAAAAAAAUGUACCCAGAAGACACAGCCUAAGGAAUAUAAGCAGGAAACAGAGAAAACUGCCAACAACAGCUAAAGGGACACAAACAGGAAAAUCACAGUGCCUUCUGGGUAUAUCAGAACCUACCUGAAAUUCACAAACUCUAAACAAUGAAUGCUCAACUCUGUUGUAUGAAGUAGCCACAAUUACCAACCUUCCUGCACAAAUCAAACAAGAGAUACCUUAAAAUAGGAAUGAUGCUGAAACUCUACAGCUUUUGUGUGAAACACAUAGAAGAAGAAAGUAAAACAGGACAAACUCCGUGGGCAGGCUCCACCUGACUAGAGGAUUCCAAUGAAGGACUCAAACUGGACACCAAAUCCACAUAGUUCUGCCUGGCAGCUUCCUGAACGGACGAUGACAAACAACCUCAGCCCAUGGUCAAUGAAUAAGCACUUUGAGAAAGUUACUAUGCUAAUAACUAACACCUUGCAAUGAAGAAAGAAUAGAAGCACAUCAAGAUCUUGAAGACUCCAUUUAUAAUGGCUUAAUGAGAAGCACCAAACUUCUUUAGAAGUACAGCAAAUAAAAGCACAGUAACUAGUAAA